AUGGAGGCGGAGAGCACCACGGACCCGGCCUUUGUGGACGUAGACCAGGGCCUGACGCUGGCCUGCAUCGCCUUCCUCUGCCUGCUGCUGAUGGCCAUGAUCAUCCGCUGUGCCAAGGUCAUCAUGGACCCCUACAGCGCCAUCCCCACGUCCACCUGGGAGGAGCAGCACCUGGACGACUGA